AUGCCGCAACAGACGUCGCAACAGACGUCACAAAGGACGCCGCCGCAGCAACAGACGUCGCAGCAACAGACGUCGCGAACAGACGCCGCCGCCGCCGCCGCCGAUAAUGAUGACGAAUCCACGCCUGCCGUAGUUUAUGAGUCGCGCCAUCCUUCUCUCUCCAUGGGGCUAUGUCAUAGUCAACAGACUACUAAGGGAUUAAGUUCCAUAGGCAUGCCCUUUGAGAAACUUGUUGCACAUACAUCUUCUCUCUCCAUUGGGAUUAUGCCCUUUGAGGGUGGUGUGUUGGUACCAUCGAGUACGUUCCGAAUAUGUCAUAGCAGUAUAUUGAGAGAGUUUACUAGCUACCCAAGGGAUUAA